AUGUCGGGUAGUCCUCCCGGUCCCGCCAAUGUCGCACAGGCUGGAAUCCCGCCCUUAGACGCAGCUGCAAACACAAGUCCCACAUCUCCACCUCCCGCAGGCCACGCUCGUGGCGCAAUUCCUAAUGCCGGACCAUCGGACACUCCGAUUCUAGACUCCGUUAGCUCCCAGCUAAAAGCCAAGAUUUACCCGACGUCUAGACCGUCCAAGAUCCGUGGCCAUCUUGGAGCUCGAAGAAAGCCCACAGCUCACAGGACAAGCUAUUCCUGGAAAGUCUCAGAGCGAAGCGCAUACCAUGAAUAUGUCCACAAUCUUGUCCUUGCCGGGUGGGAUAACCUCAAAAGGUUGGACGAUUAUAUGGAAAAUGAUAUCCAAGACACCAAUCUAGCCGUCUCAGUCAUCGACAUCAAAUCCAACCACGAAGUAGAAAGAGUUCAAGAUUUGCAUUCAAUCGCAGAAGCCGACAGUUUCCUUCAAGAGCAGGUUAGAGGAAAUGCCAGGGUCCGAAUGUAUCUCGUUGAACAUGGGGGGUCUAUCCAAAGCAGCAUGAUCGAUUGCUUGGGCCAGCAUCUCCAAAUGGAUCCAAGGUUUUUUGCCUCCAACCUAUUCGGUCCCUACAUGGUCAUCGCACCGGCAGACAGGCAUAGGGCUCCAUUUUCAGGCUUAGGAUUUACCGUCCUCAGGCCCACUCGCUCGCGAACUACAGAAACAAAGUUCUUUCGAGUUUCCAUAUAUGUCAAACCAGAUAUCAACGGUGCUGGAUGGUGCGGCGUAAUUCUGUUCAAUUCGCAUGCCAAAUUACAACUGUCCCCGCGAACCCUCUGUGCUCCCCCCCCCUUCGGCCACCCAAUACCAGGUCUCUCCUCCCAAUCCAUCCCUACAAUUUCCAAAGUGUCUCAAUACAACCAACCGCGAUCUCUCCGUGAACUUUACAUAGAUGCCCUUAAACUCUCAGACUUAACCGAGGCCGCAUCCUCCCCUUUCUACGCCUUUUGCCCGCUCCUAAAACUCAAUUUCCACUGUUGGAACGAAGUAAUCAACACAAUUCGUACUGAAGACCGUCGUCUCUCCGACAUCUCAGAGGCUUCUCUCGGUCAUGUCGAAGAAAUCCAGCAUACACUAGCCAUGAUCGAGCGCUACGGCACAUCGGGUUGGCAAGACCUUUCUUCGACAUCAAAAGAACCUCCAUCGCAAAAGGUACAAAACACUCAAGCAGAAUUAAUCGAAGAUUUCAAGCAUCUACUCAACCAAACCGAUUUGCUAUGGGAAGAACGUCGAAAUAUGGCUUCAAUCCGGGACCGUCAACGACAAUCCAGGUGGAGCACCCUCACAAACAGCUUUACCUUCAUCUUCGUCCCCAUAUCCCUGAUAUCUAGCAUCUACGGCAUGAACGUCAGCGAAAUCAGCGGAACAGACGAAAAUCCCAAUAUCUGGCAAUUCUUCGCCGCAUGUAUUGGACUAAAUAUCGUGAUCCUACUAUUGAUGGCUGCAAGCCACUGGGUCGGGGAGAUGCGCAAGUACAGAAGGCUGGUCGGGGUAAAAGAGGUGUGGGCCUUCGCAACAAACAUGGACGGGCGCUAA